UACUGGAAAAGUCCCCAAGCCUUUAAACCAAAACGUUUCUCCAAAUAUGUUAUUGUCUUCCCAAAAAACUGAAGUCGAAUUGGAUUUACAAUGGCUUAAAUAUAAUAUUGAGCCCUUGGAGUCUGUGCUAAGGUGCUGGAAUUCCACAUUUGACUGGAGAAGCAAUUUCCUGAAGUCGGAUGCCAAUCUGCUUGAUGUAUUUGAAGAAUUUCCAAUUUUGACACAAUCCUUCGGAUUCAAGCUGAUCGAAAACGACUUUGAGGCUUUAUAUCCAGCUUCUUUUAACAAUUUUUCGCAAAAGUGGGACGAGUUUAAGUCAAAAAUUGUUCCCCUUUUAAGAGAGAAAGUAAAGGAACAACAGGGUAAGAUCCUGCUUAAGUCUUUGGAAAGCAACGGUGAAGACAUACAAACGACUUUAAUUUGGCUUGCGAUUCAUUCAGUGUUGGUGCCAACCUCGAGGACAAAAGCAGACGGCGAUAGCAAGACAUUUAAACACACAAUUGCGGAUUCGCGAGGCCGUUUCUUGGUUUGGAAGGCUACUGUUGGGGAACUGCAAACACAUUUAAAGAAUCUUACGGAAAACUGCUACUCAGGAAAGCAGAAACUGCAACCGUUCAUCUGCAGCGUGGGAACAAGCCCAUUUUACCUUACAGAGUUUUCAGUUUACUUAUCAGGUGUUUUUUAUAGGAUGCCAAAUUUAUUAAGAAGCAUUGAAGUGUGUUUCAAAAUAUUUUUUGUCCUAAACCUCGAGUAUCCCCCGGAAUGUACAUUAGUGUGGUCAUUGAUACAACAACAUUUUUAUGAAAUUCAUUUGAAGUCUGAUAAGAAAAGCAAAGCUCUCUCUGAACUCUUAAACGAUUUUAAAAACUUUAGAAUGUAACCAUUUUAGGCAUAAGUUUUCAU